CACAGCUCUGAUCAACCCAGACGAGUGUCGGUCAGCGAUCUUCGGCUGAUAUUUGAACUUUCAAAUGUUAAAGAUGGACAUCAGACUGCUGAGAAAACACGCAUCAGUCACCAGAAACGAGCCUCGUCUCCAACCAGCAGUGUGUCUCUGAAGAGUGACUCAUCCAUGGAUCCAAUAGCUCAUUUCAAAGAUGGACACCAGUCUGAACACAAAGGCUUCUAUCAGCAGAAACGGUCCUCAUUUCCAACCAGYUGUGUGUCUCUGAAGAGUGACUCGUCCAUGGAUCCAAUAGCUGAAUUCAAAGAUGGACACCAGUCUGAACAUAAAGGUGUUGGGAAGGGGAACGUCAAAGUUCUAAAUGGUCAGUCGGACCCUGAGGCUCAAACUGAUUUGGACUCUAUAUUUAUGCUUCUGAAGGAAAACAUCACACAAUUUGUGGAGACAGAGCUGAAUAAGUUCCAGAAGGUCCUUGGUUCAGAUUACCAAGAACGCUUAGAGAAUGAAACAAUGUUGGAUGCUGUAGAUGAGGACCUGAAGAAGACCAGCAGAGACUCGUUUCUAAACAUUGCCUUGAAUUUCUUGAGAAACAUGAACCAAAAGGAACUCGCUGACAGUCUGCAGUGCAGGGUUUCUUCUACAGAGUUACAACAAAAACACAAGUCUAGCCUGAAGAAGAGGUUUGAGUCUGUGUUCGAGGGGAUCGCUAAAGCUGGAAACCCGACUCUCCUGAACCAGAUCUACACAGAACUCUACAUCACAGAAGGAGGAACUGGAGAGGUCAAUGAUGAACAUGAGGUCAGACAGAUUGAAAAGACAUCCUGGAAACCACACAAACCAGAAACAACCAUCAGACAACAAGAAAUCUUUCAACCCCAACCUGGAAGAAAUGAACCAAUUAGAAAGGUUUUGACAAAGGGAGUAGCUGGCAUUGGGAAAACUGUCCUAACUCAGAAGUUCACUCUAGACUGGGCUGAAGACAAAACUAACCAGGACAUCCACUUCCUGUUCCCGUUUUCUUUCAGAGAGCUGAAUGUGCUAAAAGAGACAAAGUUCAGCUUGGUGGAACUUGUUCAUCACUUCUUCUCUGAAACCAAAGGAACAUUCAGGUUUGAUGAGUUCCAGGUUCUGUUCAUCUUUGAUGGUCUGGAUGAGUGUCGACUUCCUCUGGACUUCCAUAGGAACCACGUCCUGACUGAUGUCACAGAGUCCACCUCAGUGGAUGUUUUGCUGACCAACCUGAUCAGGGGGAACCUGCUUCCCUCUGCUCGCUUCUGGAUAACCACAAGACCUGCAGCAGCCAAUCAGAUCCCUGCUGAGUGUGUUGACCUGGUGACAGAGGUCAGAGGGUUCACCGACCCACAGAAGGAGGAGUACUUCAGGAAGAAGUUCAAAGAUAAGAGGCAGGCAAAAAAGAUCAUUUCUCACAUCAAGACCUCACGGAGCCUCCACAUCAUGUGCCACAUCCCAGUCUUCUGCUGGAUCAAUGCUACGGUUCUGGAGGAUCUGAUGAAAACCAAAGGUGGGCCGGAGCUGCCCAAGACUCUGACUGAGCUGUACAUCCACUUCCUGAUGGUUCAGAUCAACAUGAAGAAGAUCAAAUAUGACGGAUCACAUGAGAUGGACAAAAGCUGGAGUCCACAAUGCAGAAGGGAGAUUGAGUCUUUAGGAAAACUGGCUUUUGAGCAGCUGUUGAAAGGAAACCUGAUCUUUUAUGAGUCUGACCUGACAGCAUGUGGUAUUGAUAUCAGAGAUGCCUCAGUUUACUCAGGAGUCUUCACUCAGAUCCUUAGAGAGGAGAGAGGACUGUACCAGGUCAAGGUGUUCUGCUUCGUCCAUCUGAGUGUCCAGGAGUUUCUGGCUGCUCUUUUUGUUCGUCUGACUUUUGACCAAAAUGGUGUCAUCAUGUUGACAGAGUCACCUCAAACAUCAGAAAACUCUGUCACAACAAAUCCCGAUUCUGCGGAGACACAACUCCACCAAACAGCUGUAGACAAGGCCUUACAAAGUUCAAAUGGACACCUGGAUUUAUUCCUGCGCUUCCUCUUGGGUCUUUCUCUGUCAUCCAACCAGUCUUUCCUCCAUGGCUUGAUAACAGAUACAGGAAAUAGAAAACAAACCAAGCAGGAAACCAUCCAGUACAUCAAGAAGAAGAUCAGUGAGAAUCUGCCUGUUGAGAAAACCAUCAACCUGUUCCAUUGUCUAAAUGAGCUUGAUGAUCGGUCUCUGGAAGACGAGAUUCAACAUUUCCUGAGAUCAGGAGAUCUUUCCACAGAUGAACUGUCUCAUGCUCAGUGGUCCGCUCUGGUCUUCAUCUUACUGUCAUCAGAAAAAGAUAUGGACCUGUUUGACCUGAAGAAGUACUCUGCAACAGAGGAGGCUCUCCGGAAGUUGUUGCCAGUGGUCAAAGUCUCCAACAAAGCCAUACUGAGUGGCUGCAACCUAUCAGAGAGAAGUUGUGAAGCUCUAUCUCAGAUUCUUAGUUGUUCAUCCUCCCGUCUCAGAGAGCUGGAUCUGAGCAACAACAAGCUGCAGGAUUCAGGAGUGAAGCGUCUCUCUGAGGGACUUCAGAGUCCUCUUUGUAAACUGGAAUCUCUCAGGCUGUCAGGUUGUCAGAUCACAGAUGAAGGUUGUGCUUCUCUGGCCUCAGCUCUGAGCUGCAACUUGUCUCAUCUCAAAGAGUUGGACCUGAGCUACAACCAUAUAGGAGACACAGGAAUGAAGGUUCUUUCUUCCAGAGUUGAAGACUCAAACUGCAGACUGGACAUUCUCAGGGUGGAUCAUCGUGGAAAACAGUGGUUAUUACCUGGUCUGAAGAAGUAUUUCUGUGAGCUUGAACUGAACCUGAACACAGUGAGCAGAAAACUCCGGCUGUCUAACAACAACAGGAAGGUGGAGAUAGUGACGGAGGAGCAGCCAUAUCCAGAUCAUCCAGACAGAUUUGAAUGGAACCAGUUGCUGUAUAAAAAUGGUCUCACUGGUCGCUGUUACUGGGAGGUGGAGUGGUCUGGGCUAGUUCUGAUCUCAGUGAGUUACAGAGGGAUCAGGCGGACAGGUCAGAGCAGUGACUCCUGGUUUGGAGGGAACGAUCAGUCCUGGAGUUUGAAGUGUUGUGCAAAUCUUUUAUACACCGUCUAUCACGAUAACAUGAUGGAGGUCAUCCCCAUCUCUCGAUCUUGCCUUGGGAGUAGAGUAGCAGUGUAUCUGGACCAUCCUGCUGGGACUUUGUCCUUCUACAGAGUGUCCUCGGACACCCUGGUCCACCUCUACUCCUUCAACACCACCUUCACCGAACCUCUGUAUCCUGGGUUUGGAUUCUGGCCUGGUUCUUCUGUGACUCUGUGCUCUCCUUAGAUCAUGAAAACAACCACUGUGAUGGAUCAGGAAAUCUAAACGUUCACUGUUAAUGUUUGUAACCUGUAGUUUAUCACCAUCAGUGUGUGGAUGAAUGGGUGAAUGACUAAUGGUAGUGUAAAGUGCUUUGGAGUCCCUGGAGGACUUGACAAGGUUCUAUACAAACGCAGGUCUUUUAAAUUAAAUAUGUUUAUGUUAUAAAAUUGAGCUAGGAAUAAUAAUCAUGAUCACUAAUUACUGUAAAUGUAAAAUUUUAUUGAAUAAUUUUCAUUGAUAUAAUCUCAUUUUCCUGCUACAGAGAAAAGUUAUUAAAAUAUUUUGUUAUUCUGUUUCUAAAUUAAAAUUUCUCUUUCUAAGACAAACAUUUAAUUCUUGUUUUUUGAUUUUUCUGUUAAGUUGAAUAUUUAAAGAACAAUAUUUGAGAAAACUGUUCACAAGAAGAUGAUUUUAUUAUUAAGUUUUGUUUUUACAACAAAAUGGGACCAACAGAAAAGAGAAUUUGAUUCUCUAUGAUAUAAUCUAAUGUUUUCUGUGUUGAGUCGAUGUAAAUACUGUGUGUUAAUAAAUGGUAAAUCAAACCUGGAAAAUGGGUUGGAGCAAUGUAAAUUUUGUAGCAUUGUACUUUUGAGAAUAAACUACAUCCCAAAAA